AAUGCUGUCAACGCUGCCGUCAGCGCCGGCGUCGACGUCAGCGUCGCUGGCGCUGGCAACGUCGCAUGCUCGUGAGCAAAGAAAAAGCGGCUGUCGUGCAGGCAACAUUUUCAGUUCAGUUCCAACAAUCGGAGUGUCAUCAAGCAGCUGCCAAAGAUUCAGGCAAAAAUAAAACGGCACCAGGCAGACAAGCAAAAGACAGAAGGCAAAGAGCCACAGGCGCAACUCGAAAAUUGUUUUGGGUUGAGUUCGAGAAAUUAGCUGAAUACAAUUUUGUACAACGCAUGCGCUGCUCUCGAAAAGUGCUUCUUUCAACGCCGACAACCACAGCUGCCUCAGAAAUUUUCCAAAAAUAAAUAAUUAAAAACAAAGACUAAGCUAAAGAAACGCAAAGAUAAAAGAAAAGAAAAACGACAACAACAUACGCAAAAUCACUGUUAUGUACAUUUAAUUAGUGUAAUACAAACGCGUGGGUCUCUUUCACUCUCUCUCUCUCUCCCUCUGUGUGUGUGUGUGUUUUGGUGUUUUUAAUACAUAAGUUGUACAUAAUAUUUAGAUAUAUAUGUGACAGUGAAAUAUAUCUGUAAAUUCUUGUUUCAAAACAAUCACAAUCAAAUCGCGUGCAUUUUUGUCGUCGUAAUUGAUGUUAAACACUUUACAAAUUGCUAAUCAGCGUGUUUUGAGCUAAUUUCAUCUUUUGCUGUAUUUUCAUUUUAGACAACCUCAAGUUCAAGUUGAAAAACGGCGAUAUGUCGAACACAGAGAAGCGGGGCCUACAAAGAGUACGAAACUUCCUAUCAUGUCGUCAAGUAUUGAAUCUGCUGACAAUGCUCGGCUUUAUGUUGAACUAUGCGCUGCGAGUAAACUUAACCAUUGCCAUUGUGGACAUGGUUAUGCCAAAUGUGACAAAUACAGUUGCCAACAGUACUCUAAAGGUGAACAGCAGUCUAGAACUGGCUGGGAAUAAUUCCAUAUCGAGCAACUCCAAUGGCAUCUUGAGCAACAUCACCUCGGUGGAUGGUGUGGAUGUGCUUGAGGAACGCUUUCCCUGGGACACAUACCAGACCAACUUUGUGCUGGGCUGCUUCUUCUGGGGCUAUGUCCUUACAGAGCUGCCAGGCGGUCGUCUCGCUGAAUUGAUUGGCGGUCGUCGCGUCUUCGGACAUUCCAUGUUGUGGGCCAGUUUGUUAACAUUGAUAACACCCCUGGCAGCCCAUAUGAGCUACGUGAUGUUGAUCAUUGUCCGUGUCGCACUCGGAUUCAUGCUGGGCGCAUCCUGGCCAGCCAUACAUCCUGUGGCAGCUGUCUGGAUACCGCCAAUGGACCGUUCCAAAUUUAUGUCCAACAUGAUGGCCUCUUCCUUGGGUGCUGCGAUAACGAUGCCCGUUUCUGGUUAUCUAAUCUCGGUUUGUGGCUGGGCGAGUGUCUUCUAUCUGACGGGAGCGAUUGGUUUGCUGUGGUCCUUGUGCUGGUUCACCUUUGUCUACGAGACCCCAGCGACGCAUCCUCGCAUUACGGCCGAGGAGAGGCGUGAGAUUGAGGAGGCCAUUGGCACAUCCACCUCGAAGAAGCGACCCAGUUAUGUGCCCUGGGGUGAACUGCUCUGCUCCCCUGCCGUUUGGGCCAUCAUCAUCACACACGGCCUUUCCGUCUUUGGUUUCUUCACGGUGAUCAAUCAACUGCCCACAUUCAUGUCCAAGAUAUUGCAUUUCGACAUCAAGAAGAAUGGUUUGUUCUCAUCGCUGCCUUAUCUGGGCAAGUAUGUGAUGGCCGUCGCCUCCUCCUAUCUGGCCGAUCAUCUGCGACAUAAGGGCACAUUGAGCACAACGGCAACUCGCAAGAUCUUCACCACAUUCGCACUUGUUACUCCCGGAUUGCUGAUGAUAGCUCAGGUAUUUCUGGGCAUGGAUGCUACCUGGUCUGUGGCGAUCUUCACACUGGCACUCUUUGCACAUGGAGCAGUUACUGCUGGAUAUUUGGGCAAUGGCUUGGAUAUUGCGCCCAACUUUAGCGGCACCAUUUUCGGCAUGGCCAAUUCUCUGUCAUCCUUCGGAGGAUUCCUGUCCACGUGGAUGGUUGGUGCAUUGACCUUCGAGGAUCCCUCGUUCCAUCAAUGGCAAAUUGUCUUCUGGAUCCUGGCGGGCACCUAUAUCUCGGCAGCUGUUGUUUUUGUCAUCAUUGGCACUGGCGAGCUGCAGUCGUGGAAUAAUCCACCCGAGCGCAAGAAGAUCAGUGAUGUGGCUCAAGAGGAGGGUGUUCCCCUCAAGAACGAGAAGUAAUCGAAAUGACGAAAACUCUCUUCGAUAUGACAAAAAAAGAAGAAGAUAACCCACCACAUCCGCACAAGCUAAAGUAGUUUCUAACUGCACAAUUGAGAUUCUGAUAAGCAUAAUUUAUACUUGAUUGUCUGCAAGUACACUUAGAGAAAAGAACACAUAAUGGAAGACACUAGUUUUAGGAAAGCUGUAAAGUUUCUAUAUAUAUAUAUACACACACAUAUAUCCAUUAACAAAAUCAUAUAAUGAACAAUGACUUUGUAGCCAGAACAAGUAAUAUUUACUUUAGACUUCUUAAGCAACUUUGUAUUUUUAGGCGUGGCGAGAUAGCAAUUUUUGUUGUUGCUGUUUGGCCCGCAUAUAUUAUUUUACAUUUCAUUCAUAAUAUAAAAUCUAAAUAAAUGUAUAUAGUUUAAUUGAUGUCCGUUUGUAUGUUCAUCGACUGCACAGAAGAAAUUUGUACAAAAGAAAUAUGGUAGAGAAAUUUUUUUGUUUUUUGUGCUUGAAAAUGUUCUGUUAAAUUAGUUAAGUAGACUCGCCCUGUACUCGUAUUAGCUAAUUUUAUAAAUGCAUACCUAAGUUAAGUCGAAUAAAUCAUGUAUACUUUAUUAUUUAUGCAAUUAUCAAUAGUUUUCUUUUCUAACUUCAUAAUAAAGCCUAUCAAAGACAAGA